AUGGCUAAUAAAAAUAUAAAUAAUCAGAAAAUUCAAAAGGAUGAAAAUAAAAAAAAGAAUGAUGAAUCUGAAGUUUGUAAUUUUCAUGAAGUAAAUAUAUCGUAUAAAAAAUGGGUUAAAGAUAAAAUACAACAACAAAAAAUAACUUUGUUUAAUUUAAAAAAAUACAAUCUUUCUAAAAAACAAAAAAGUAUCAAUAUUAUAUCUUUUAUUACUAUUCUUAUAUUAUUAAAUAUAAUUUAUAAUCGGUUGAUUGAUAUUUGGUAUAAUUGGGAUGAAAUAAUAGAAAAUUUUGAUGAAACUAAAAAAUGUGAAAAUAAAAAUGAUUAUAAUUUUAAUAAAUAUAUAAGACAAUGUAGUAAUUUUUUGAAAUAUUUAAUGAAGGGGUCACUUGAUGAAGAUAUAUAUGAUGAUAAUAAUUUAGAAAAUGAUUUCAUAUAUAUAAAAAAUUCUAAAAGUAGAAAUACAAUAUAUUUAAAAAAAAUAUUAGGAAGUGAAAUUAUUGAUAAUAAUUAUAUAAGUGUGUAUUUAGAAAAUAUGAAAUAUUUAAGAAAUACAAGUUUAAAUUAUUCUGUAAAUCAAAGAUCGCUGUCUACAGAAUGGUAUGUUUAUUUUCGUAGUUUUUUAAAACAAGCUAUAACACCCCAUAGUUUAACAAAAGCUAUAAAAAUUGAUAAAGAAUAUAUAUAUCCUUGGGAUGUAAUAACUCAGGAUGAUGCUGAAAAAAUUAUUGAAAAUGCCAAAUUUUAUGGUUUUUUGUUUACAUGGUUUAAAAAUCAUAGAAAAGCACAAAAAGUGAAUGAAAUAAUUUUAAGAAAAGAUAUGCCUGUUUUAAUUCCUAAGUUUAUAAAAUCAGAUUUUUCUCAACGCUUAUACAAAAAUAGUAAAAAUAAUGAACCCAAUUUUUAUGGAAUACAUUAUACAUGGUUAGGGCAUGCAACAGGUUUAGUUAUUGUAGAUGGACUUAAAAUAUUAGUUGAUCCUGUUUUUAAAAUCGAAUUAUUAAGUCUUAAAGGAAUAGCACGAUCUUUAAUAAAUUGGGUGAAUAUAAAAAUAAUGGGAGGAUUGGGGGAACGAAUAUCAAAAUCGCCAUGUAAUAUUUCAAAUCUCCCUGAUGAUUUACAUGCUGUUUUUAUUUCACAUAAUCAUAAUGAUCAUAUAAUGGAAGAAGAUGUACGAAUUUUAUGUAAAUUAAAAAAAUUUAAAGAUGUUAUGUGGUAUGUUCCAGAAGGUACAACUUCAUUUUUUAUACAAGAAGGUUGUAAAACUGAUAAAAUUUAUGAAUUAUCUUGGGGUGAUGAACGAUGGGUAUCAUGCUGGAUAAAUAAUAAUAAAUUUACAUGUAAAGAUGGAUUAUGGAAUAACAAAAAAGGUGAUACAGAUGUAUAUAAAUAUAAAAUUAUAUAUGCCCCAGCAUUACAUUGGUCAGGUAGAAAAGGAGAUUUAAGUGAUAUUAAUCAAUCAUUAUGGGGUUCAUUAAUAUUAAAAGGUCCUAAAUCAAAAUUUUAUUUUUCUGGUGAUACUGCAUAUUUAAAAGAUGAUUUUGAAGAAUUUAAAAAAAUUGGAAAACUACAUGGACCAUUCGAUUUUGCUGCUAUAUCUAUAGGAGCAUAUGAACCAAACAAUUCAUUAAAAUAUCAUCAUAUACAUCCAUGGGAAUCUGUAAAAAUAUGGAGAGAUAUUCGAGCUGAAAUAGCUAUUGGGAUACAUUGGGGUACUUUUCGUCUUUCUGCCGAAGAAUUUUUACAACCCCGGGAUGACUUAGAAGCUGCUUUAUUAGGAGUUAGUUUAAAUACUUUAAGAAAUUAUAAUCUUACAUUUGAAAAAAAAAAGAUGGAAAUUUUAAAAAAAUAUAUGGUAAAAAAUGUAAAUUCAAAUAAUAAUGAUAUUGAUGAUUUAGAAGAUUUAAAAGAAUAUUUUUAUCCUGCUUCUUCAACAGAUUAUAAUGAAUAUACAGAUAGUUUUCAUUCUAUUUUUUCUAAUAAUUUAAGUUUAUUUUAUUCAGAUAUUGAUAAAAAUUAUAUAAAACAUAUGUACCAACAAAAAAAAUUAUAUUUGUCUACUUAUAAUAGAUAUAAAAGAGCAUUAAUAUUAAAAAAUUCAAAGAAAUUACCAAAAUCUUGGAAAAAAUUAUUACUCAAUCUUUCGAUUCGAUUUCAAACAAUCCCUAUUGGUGGAUCCAUAGAAAUUAAAACAAAAGAUAACACAAUUUCAAUGACUCGAUCAUCUGAAUAUAAUUCUACUAUUUAUGAGCAUUACACAUUUCCAAAAUGGUAUAAAAAAAAAGAAAAAGAAGAAACUCUUUAUCAAUAUAACUUUCCACAUGAAGAUUUGAUGACAUUUUCUAUAGUUAACUAA